AUGGAUGGCGUCUUAGUGGACGGCAGUUCACCGUCAUCCAAUGGCGGCAAUGCCUUAGUUGGCGUAAGUGUCGCGCUGUCGGUGAUGCAAAUCGUUUUCGUGGCAGCACGCUUUUAUACGCGCUACAUGCAGCGGACCAAAUGUGGCGCUGACGACUAUGUUAUGCUUGUGGCCUUGUUUGGAAGUCUGAGCAAAGCGGUCAUUUACAUCGUCUUGGUCGAAAUCGCCGGGCUCGGAUACCAUAUCGACGAAAUCUCUCAUCCUAAAGAGAAAGUUGCCCUCAUCCGAAAGGGAUUCAUCGUUCUUGAAAUUCUCGACUUCCCCCUCACCAUUACCCCCGCCAAGAUCUCGCUUCUCCUAUUCUACCUGCGCAUCUUUUACACGCGCAAAUUCAAAGUCCUGGCCUACCUGGUCGGAUCCCUGGUCCUUGCAAUCGGCAUCACGGUCCUGUUUGAGUCUAUCUUCCAGUGCUCUCCCAUCGGCUAUGGCUGGAACAAAAGUAUCACACAUGGCUCGUGCAUUGACCAGACUGUCUUCUACCAAUAUAUCUCGCCCUUCAAUGUACUGACCGGUUUCCUGAUCUUGGCCAUGCCCUUGCCGCUGGUGUGGCGGCUCCAUGCACCCAAGAUGCAACGGUUGGCCAUAAUAGGCGUUUUUAUGCUAGGGGGGUUGGGAACAGUCGCAAGCAUUCUGCGGAUGGUGAUCUACUUUAUGCACAUAAAGACACGGCUUAACGACGUGACAUAUUUCUCCGUCAAACUCGGCAUCUUGACUGUUGUCGAAGGAGCGGUCCUCAUCAUCGCCUCCUGCCUAGUCACCAUCUGGCCACUGGUCUCUCGGCUCUGCCCCAAUCGCCUCCUCCGCGCCCUCUGCUGCCACACUUCCCGCGUGCGCGAGCAUCAGUGCUGGUAUAUGACAACCCGCGAACAAACAAAAACCGAGAGCGCGCUUGCGCCCGGACAGAACAUUCGGCGCAUGGGAGAAGGCAUAUCCUGGUUUGAUAGCGUGUCCUCGUUGCGGGAUAUCGAGCAGCAGCGGUGUUAUCCCUCGGCCGAGAGAGAUGAAAUUCUCGUUUGUGAGAGGACGGCUUACAUAUAA